GCCGGGUUGGCAAGCCCCGACCAUCCCGAGGACCUGCUCAUCGUGCUGGAGCCCGAGGCAGCCUCCCUAUGCUGUCGGCAGCUGCGGCUGUACCAGCUGCUUCAUCAGCUGCACUCGGCCGGCUGUGGGGACCACCCCAUGGCCUCGCUGGUGCUGGAGGGCGCACUGGCCACGCCGUGGACGCAGUACAUGGUGGUGGACUGCGGCGGCGGCACGGUGGACAUCACGGUGCACGAGCUGAGCGGCGAGCGCGCCACGCUGCGGGAGCUGCACAAGGCGAGCGGCGGCGCGUGCGGCUCGCUCGGCGUGGACCGCGAGUUUGAGCGCCUGCUCAGCGCCGUGUUCGGCGCCGACUUCAUGUCGCACUUCCGGCGGAAGCGGCCGGCGGCGUACGUCGAGCUGCUGCUCUCGUUCGAGGCGCGCAAGCGCUCCGCCGACCCGGACCGUGACGGCCCGCUCACCAUCUUCCCGCCCUUCGCGUUUGUCGAGGCGUACCGCAAGUUCCGCGGCAAGGAGGUGGAGCACGCGCUGCGCAAGUUCGGGCGGCCGGGGGAGGUGUCCUGGUCCAGCCAAGGGAUGCUGCGGCUGUCCCCGCAGCUGAUGGCCGACCUGUUCCGCCCCACGCUGGACCAGGUGUGCCAGCAGGUGGAGGAGGUGCUCCGCAGCCCGCGCCUCCGCUCCGGCCCAGGCGCUGCACCCAGCGCCAUCCAGUUCCUCUUCCUGGUGGGCGGCUUCGCCCAGUCGCUCAUGCUGCAGAACCGAGUCCGCUCCCAGUUUGGGUCUCGCGUGAAGGUGGUGGUGCCCCAGGCCGUGGGGCUGACCACGCUCCGCGGCGCCGUCCUGUAUGGGCUGGACCCGAGCCUGGUUGCCUCGCGCCGCUCCAAACACACGCUCGGCGUCGGCGUGCUCAAGCGCUUCCAGCCGGGGCAGCACCCUCAAGACAAGCUCGUGACGCUGUCGGACGGCUCGGCGUGGUGCUGCGACGUGCUGGACGUGCUGGUGGUGGCCGACCAGCCGCUGGGCCCCGGGGAGGCGGUGACGCGCAGCUACACCCCGGCCAGCGCGCGCCAGACCAACAUCAUCAUCCACAUCUACUGCUGCAGCGACUCCAAUCCGCCCAAGUUUGUGACGGACGCCGGGGUGACCCGCUGCGGCACGCUGCGGCUGGCCCUGGACAGCGACGACCACGCGCGGCGCGCCGGGGACGCGGCCAAGACGAGGGAGAUCGUGGCCAGGAUCGAGUUCGGCGGCACCGAGCUGGCCGCCAGCGCGCAGGACAUCGCCUCGGGCCGCUGCGUCCGUACACAGCUCGACUUCCUCAGUACGGCCGUGUAGUCUACGUGCAGCCCGCAUAAUCAGCAUAUAACAUGAGGUUCAAAUUUGUUCAAAUUUGUCCAAACCAGUGUACAUAGAGACAGAUUGUGUUCGUGGAAUCAAUAAAUGGUUGAACCCUUAA